AAAUGCACAAUAUUGUCAUUUCCUAAAUAUGUAAUACUAAAAGGUAAAACCAUUAAUUGGCGCGCAAUUUCCGUAAUAAUGUGAUGAUCAUCAUCCUAACAGAAAAAACAACCAAGAGACUUGUUCCUUUCAUUUACCAUUGGCUCAAAUCUCUCAAAUUCUUUCUCUUUCGAAAAAGAAUGAAAUAAUUCAUAAUUAAGGCCACGAUGCUCAGUUCACGUCCUUACACUGCGACAGCGGCUGCAACAGUCAUCUCGUCCUCCUCAUCUAAGUUCCGCCACUUUGUAAGGCCACCUCUACAGCCAUUAUCGACACUGAGGAAAAAGAUCCCUUGGUGGAACCAAAUUUUGGACCCUGGUUCAGAGGUUGUGGCCAAAUGGAACCAUGUGUUCCUCGUGACCUGCCUAAUCGCCAUGUUCAUCGACCCUCUCUACUUCUACUUGCCGGUCAUUGGCGGACCCGUCUGCAUGGAGAUAGAUUUGGGCCUUGGCAUCCUCGUCACCUUCUUCCGCACCGUAGCCGACACCUUCUAUUUCCUCCACAUUGUCAUGAAGUUUCGAACAGCCUUCGUCGCCCCAAGUUCUCGUGUCUUUGGCCGUGGCGAGCUCGUCACUGAUCCUUGGGCCAUCGCCGUUCGGUACCUCAAGUCUGACUUCUUCAUUGAUCUGGCAGCUUCCCUUCCUCUCCCCCAGAUUAUGAUAUGGUUUGUAAUUCCAGCAGUGAAAAAUCCGACAGCGGCUCAUGCUAAUCACACCCUAUCUCUUAUUGUUCUCGUUCAAUAUGUUCCUCGGUUUUUUCUUAUAUUUCCUCUAAACCAAAGGAUCAUCAAAACAACAGGUGCUAUAGCCAAGACUGCUUGGGCAGGGGCAGCAUACAAUCUCCUCCUCUACAAUCUAGCUAGUCAUGUUGUUGGAGCAUGUUGGUACGUAUUGUCGAUUCAAAGACAGUACCAAUGUUGGAAGCAAGAAUGUGACAAGGAAAUAAAUUUCACACAUUCUCCUUCGUGUCAGCCUAAAUUUCUUGAUUGCAAAAAUAUGGGCGACCCCGAGCGCAGAUUUUGGCUGCAGAGAACCCAAGUUCUUUCUAGCUGUGAUGCACUUAACGAUGCUAACAACUUCGAGUUUGGAAUGUUUGCUGAUGCUUUCACCAGUGAAAUUGCUUCUUCACAUUUCAUCGAAAAGUAUUUCUAUUGUCUUUGGUGGGGUUUGAGAAGUUUAAGUUCAUAUGGACAAAACAUUGUGGCAAGUUAUGCAAUCAAUGGUGAGAUACUAUUUAGCCUCCUUAUUUGCUCUGCGGGUCUAGUUCUCUUCUCACAUCUCAUUGGUAACAUGCAGUCAUAUUUGCAAUCAACAACGGCUAGACUGGAAGAAUGGAGGGUGAGAAGAAGAGAUACUGAAGAGUGGAUGAGACACCGUCAACUGCCUCUAGAACUACAAGAUAGAGUUCGUCGUUUCGUACAAUACAAGUGGAUUGCCACGAGAGGAGUCGAUGAAGAAUCCAUUUUACACGAUCUUCCUUUGGAUCUCAGGCGUCAAAUCCAAAGACAUCUCUGUCUUGCUCUUGUUCGUCGUGUUCCAUUCUUUGCCCAAAUGGAUGACCAACUCCUAGAUGCAAUAUGUGAGAGACUAGUGUCAUCCUUGAACACAAAAGACACGUACAUAGUCAGAGAGGGUGACCCUGUGAACGAGAUGCUCUUCAUUAUCAGAGGUCACCUAGAGAGCUCCACCACUGAUGGUGGACGCUCUGGUUUCUUCAACUCCAUAGCACUCAGGUCGGGCGACUUUUGUGGCGAGGAGCUUUUGACUUGGGCUCUCAUGCCUACUUCUAGCCUCAACCUUCCUUGCUCCACUCGAACUGUUCGGUCUAUAACAGAAGUUGAGGCUUUUGCUCUCCGGGCCGAGGACCUCAAGUUUGUGGCUAGUCAGUUUAGGAGGCUGCAUAGCAAGAGGCUGCAGCAGGCGUUUCGAUACUACUCCCAGCAGUGGAGGACUUGGGCGGCUUGUUAUGUACAAGUGGCUUGGAGAAGGUGGUGGAAGAGGAAGAUGGCGCAUGAGUUGACAAGACAAGAAGAGUUGUAUCAGUACUAUUAUUCGGACCAAGAAUAUUGUGGUGAUAAUAAUCAUGAUCAUGAUCAUGAUCAGAGCUGUUCAACGAUGGAUGAUGAUACUACCCAUCAGAGGCAACAACUUGGGGCUACUGUUUUGGCUUCUAAGUUUGCUGCAAAUACUAGAAAAACUGCUAAUAUUUCUCAUAAAGGAGUGACGUCUAAUCUUAAGCCUGAUGCUAUGCCUAAAAAGUUAUUUAAGCCUGAGGAUCCUGAUUUUUCUGCGGAUUUAUGAUUUAAGAAAAAGUAGACUAUAUAGUAAUUAGUUAUGUUGAUUUUCCAAUUAUAAAAAAGUUGGUAUUGUGAAGAACUUUUUUAUUUUUUUUAAUGAACAAAAUAAAUCUUGUACACCAAGCAUUGUAAUGUAGUGUAACAGUUAUAUUUUUUUUUUGAAAA